CGCCCCGGUCCCCGCCGCUGUCCUCGCGGUGAUCCAUGCGGACCCCCACCGCCAGGCUGCCGUCAGGGAUCUGACAACCCUUCCCCCCCCCACCUCCCUCUCCCCGAGACCAUCGUCCACGCGGUGCCGAGCAGAGGGAGGGCGAGGACGGAGGGGCAGCCUCUGGGACUAACUCAUGAAGAACAAGGGUGCCAAGCAGAAGCUGAAACGAAAGGGAGCCAGCGGUGCGUUCGGCUGUGACCUCACGGAGUACCUGGAGAGCUCGGGACAGGAUGUUCCGUAUGUGUUGAAGAGCUGUGCAGAAUUUAUAGAGACUCAUGGUAUUGUGGAUGGGGUCUACCGGCUUUCAGGAGUCACCUCAAACAUACAGCGGCUGAGGCAGGAGUUUGUCUCAGACCAUUGUCCAGAUCUGACAAAGGAGGUGUACCUGCAGGACAUCCACUGCGUGGGCUCCCUCUGCAAGCUCUACUUCCGGGAGCUGCCCAACCCCCUCCUGACUUAUGAGCUCUAUGACAAGUUCACGGAGGCAGUGUCACAUUGCCAAGAAGAAGGCCAACUUGCCCGAAUCCAAAAUGUUAUCCAGAAGCUUCCUCCAUCCCAUUAUAGGACCUUGGAAUACUUGAUUCGACACCUGACCCACAUCGCCUCCUUCAGCAGCAGGACCAACAUGCAUGCCAGGAACCUGGCCUUGGUGUGGGCUCCAAACCUCCUCAGGUCUAAAGAAAUCGAAGCCAGUGGGUGCAGUGGAGAUGCAGCCUUCCUAGCAGUCCGGGUCCAGCAGGUGGUGAUUGAAUUCAUACUGAACCAUGUGGAUCAAAUCUUUAACAACGGUGCUCCAGGGCCUCUGGAAAACAACGAUGACCGGCCCAUCAUGAAGAGCCUGACCCUGCCAGCAUUAUCACCCAUGAAGUUGGUGAGCCUGGAGGAGGCUCAGGCCCGCAACCUGGCUACAAACCACCCCGCUCGGAAGGAAAGGAGAGAGAACAGUUUGCCUGAGAUUGUCCCUCCCAUGGGACCCCUCUUCCACACCGUCCUUGAGCUACCAGAUAGCAAGAGAAAACUUUCCAGUAAAUCAAAGAAGUGGAAAUCUAUAUUCAACCUGGGACGAUCUGGGUCAGAUUCCAAAUCAAAACUGAGUAGAAAUGGGAGUGUCUUUGUGAGAGGACAGCGGCUCUCGGUGGAAAAGUCUGCUAUUCGACCAGCUAAAAGCAUGGACUCUCUGUGUUCAGUGCCUGUGGAAGCAGGAAAAGAAACCAAAGGCAAUUUUCAUCGAACCGUCACCACUGGUGGAUUUUUCAUUCCAGCCUCCAAAAAGCACUCGAACAACACGGGCAGCUCCUGUGACCUCAGCAAGCAGGAAGGCGAGUGGUGUCAGGAGGGGAUGCCAGCAGGGGCAGAGGGGGGCUUCGAUGUGAGCAGCGACAGGAGCCAACCCCAGGGCACUCAGGUCCGGCCGCCACCAGAGCAGCUGAAGGUGUUCCGUCCGAUCGAGGACCCCGAGAGCGAGCAGACAGCCCCUAAGAUGCUCGGCAUGUUCUACACUUCCAACGACAGCCCCAGCAAGUCUGUCUUCAGCAGCAGCCUCUUCCAGAUGGAGCCCUCGCCCCGUCACCAGCGCAAGGCGCUAAACAUCUCUGAGCCCUUUGCUGUGUCCGUGCCCCUCCGCGUGUCCGCUGUCAUCAGCACCAACAGCACCCCAUGCCGAACACCCCCCAAGGAGCUGCAGUCUCUCUCCAGCCUGGAAGAGUUUUCUUUCCAGGGUUCAGAGAGUGGGGCUUGGUCAGAAGAGGAGAAGCCCCAGGGGGCUGAGAGUUCCAUAGCUCCUGUCACCAAGAAGGCAGCUCCUGAGGCCAGCACUCCCUCAGAAUCCUCCCGGACAGUGGAAUGUAGCCAGGGCCUUUCCCAGGAGCCAGAUGCCCCGCUGGAGAAGAAUACCUCCAAAGCCUCCCUGAGCUCUCAGCAUUCAAGGGAAUUAGAGAAGAAGUUGGAGAAGGAGGUGGAGGAGGGUCUACCAGAUGGCCAAGCGGGGCCAAGCACAGCACAGGAUAGUCCUGGGCCCAGAGCUGAAGCCAUAUUUCUCCAUGAGACGGAUGAAGAUGAUCUGGCUAAUGUCCUAAACUGGCCAGAAAUUCAACAGGAGCUGAAAAUCAUUGAAUCUGAGGAGGAGCUCUCCAUCUUGCCACCACCCCCUGCUCAGAAGUUCGACCCAACUCAGCCAGUUCUUGAGUCAAAUCCAGAGCCGUUUCCUUCCCCAGAGCCUCCAGGGAUCUUGUAUUGUAGCUCCACCCCUUCUGAGGCAUGGACUAAGGACUCAACCAUUCAGAACACACAAGGGGCUGCUGCAGCAGCCCACAGAGAGAAGCUGGAGCCAACCAGCUACCUCCCUGCAUCCUCACCUGAACAGGCCCCAAGUCCAGAUCCUGGCAGUCUGGCUCCUCUGGCAAUAGUUCCAUUUGAGAAGUCACCCUCGCCCCCAAGGAUGAAGGUGGAAGGCCCAGAGAAUAUCUCUCCUCCACUCCCUCCUGCUGCUCCCCCUCCAACACCUCUGGAGGAGCCACCUGGAGGCCUGUUGUCCAAGGGCAGUCUUGAGGAAGAAGAUCUGACUCAGAUGUUGAGGACCUAUUCCUAUACAGAGCAGCCAAAGUCCAAAGACAAUCCUGGGACCCCUAUCCUAUGUCAGGAAGAUGAGGCUGCUCCAAGACAAAAUGAAAAGCCACAUUCAAAAAGUGCUGCUCUCCAGGAAAAAGGCUCUGGUUUCCCCAGCCCAACGAAAGAGCUCGAGAUCUCGCCGCAAGGGAAGGGGGAUGUAGCCCAUUCAGUACAAGAGCCUUCAGACUGUGACGAAGAUGACAGUGUGCCCGACAUCGCUCAGCACAGCCUGGAGAUGGUGGAGCCCUGGGAGGAGCCUCAGUGGGUGACGAGUCCCCUUCACUCUCCCACCCUCAAAGAAGUGCACGAGUCCCAGCCUCAGGGCCCCCAGAGCCAUCGAUUGGAAAGGAGGCUUUGCCACAGGCCCAGCCUACGCCAGAGCCAUUCUCUGGAUAGCAAGACCACUGUUAAGAGCCAGUGGACUCUCGAUGAUGUCUCCUUCUCCAGCAGCUGUGCUAAUCUGGACUCUGAGAAUUCUGACAGUCAGCAGCCGCUGGCAACCAGAAGAGGGAUGAUUGGAUGGGACGAGAGAGCCCUGAAGUCGUUUAGAGAGUUCUCUGGCCUGAAAGGGGAAGAAGGAUUUCCUAGGCGGAAGGGAACAGACAAUGGACCACCCAAACCAGCAGACACCAGCCCCAUCAGCUUAGGGGAGAGAAAUCAGGGGCAACCACUAAGACACAGCAACUCCCAGAUUAAGCAAGGCAGUGUCCCUGAAGCAGAACCCAACAGGGAAAGUUCCCGUGGUAUUCAGGACAGCACUUUACCUGAAGAGCAACCCCCAAAGUUACAGUUGAAGAGCAGUGAGGGUGGACCCUCAAAAGGGAAAAACAGACCUUCUUCUCUCAACUUGGACUCUGCUGUUCCCAUCAGUGACCUCUUCUGGCUUGAGAAUGGAGCCUCGUUAAGUUCACCUGGAAUGCAGCUCUCUGAGCCAGGAGACUCCCAGGUCCCCUGGAUGACUUCAUCUCAAUGUAAAGCAGAUUCCUGGAAGGUUUAUCCUCAGGACACCCAGGACCUGGAUGUUUUUCCUCACGCGCUCACUGGUCGCCGUAACUCAGCUCCUGUGAGUGUGUCAGCGGUGAGAACCUCCUUCAUGGUGAAAAUGUGUCAGGCCAAGGCAGUUCCGGUCAUCCCACCCAAGAUUCAGUACACACAAAUCCCACAGCCCCUGCCUUCUCAGAACACAGGGGAGAGUGGGGCUCAGCCUCUGAAAAAGAGCCAAGAAGAACCUAGUUCAACGGGUGAGACCACUCAGAAACCAGCCAAAGAUGAAUCUUCCUCUUCCUUGGAAAGCCCAAAGGAAGAGAAACCAAAGCAAGAUAGGGGACCCAUUAAGGCUUCAUUGAUAGACGCCACUGACUCUUACCUGCACGAGGGACCCAAUCUCUCUCCCGAACCAGGCAUGUCUAACCUGCUCACCAACCAGGACGCAACAGUGCAAUGCAGAAAGCGUUUGUCAGACACAGAGCCAUCCGGGGACAACCCUCUUUCUUCAAAAAUUGAGCGGUCCUCUGGAGGUCCUAAGUCUUUCCACAGGCCAAGGUCUGGAAGACCUCAAAGCCUCAUCUUAUUCAGUCCUCCUUUCCCGAUCAUGGAUCACCUGCCCCCCUCAUCCACAGUGACAGAUUCCAAGGUCCUGCUGUCCCCUAUCAGAAGUCCCACUCAGACAGUUUCCCCUGGCCUUCUCUGUGGAGAGUUGGCUGAAAACACAUGGGUCACACCAGAAGGGGUUACCCUUAGAAAUAAAAUGACCAUCCCUAAGAAUGGCCAAAGACUGGAGACAUCAACCAGUUGUUUUUACCAGCCCCAGCGGAGAUCAGUGAUUCUGGAUGGAGGAAGUGGGAGGCAAAUAGAAUGAUGUCCGUUCACCUGCAGGUGUCUGCGAAAGAAUGUCAUGACCUAUCUGGAAGUUAUUUACAGGGCCAUCUCCCAGGCACAGAUUAUCUAAGCGUGAGCUUAUUUUGACCUCCGACUUUUCUUUUUUCCAGCCUUUGACCAUUCAUUAAUGAUCCCAUUUUCUAGAAGAGUGGCCAAGGGAAGGAUCAAAAGGUAAAAUUGAGAUAAGGUCAUAUGAGCAAGAAGGAAAGGUUAGGCAAAGGAAGAGGAUGGAAUGUUUGCUGCCAUUGAAAUCUGGGUGAGUUGUAGUCCUCCCCCAUUUCCAUUAUCUAUUAGAGCUGAGAGCUGGCUGGGAGAAUGUCCUUUGAAAGAAAGAAAAAUCCAUUGCGUGUCAGGAAACAUUGCUAUUGAGAUUUGAAGGCCUUCUUCGUGCUUCUUAACACUCUUUAAAGCAUGUGUUGUUUUAGAUUCAUUUACUAAUAAGCUUUGUUAAAAGAAGCAAAAUAGGGUGCAAUUAGAUUCCCAAGUCAGUAAAUGUCACCACAAGUUGUUGCCCUGGGAUCUUGCAGACCUGCCCAAGAUGACUCUAUACCAGCAUAGAAAGGCAGAAUCUGUAAUCAAGCAAACCCUAAGACUGGCACCACCCAGGUAGACUUUCUGGCUGUGGCUCUCAUUAACUUGGAACUCUGCCUACCACUAUACUGAUUUAUCAGUGUUGUAACUGGGAACAAUGGGGGUUGAACUGAGGAUUGCUAUUGGAUCUUCUUUGUGGGUAUCCAUCAGCUUUCUUAACAUCAGAAUCUUAAUGUGCCAUUGGUCAUUGAUCAUUGAGAAAAGUCUUCCACAUAGGCACAAUUUCAGGCAAACCUGAUGUUUAAAUUGCCAGGGCAUUAGCAGAAACCAUGUCUAGUUCAGUUUCAGUCUUUCUCUACUUGGCUAGGCAGGACAGAAAGGACACCAGAAGGAUCAAACCCUAGAAAACUGGCUCUCACUACCACGCUCUGAAGCUGCUCUCUUUGAUAAUGAAUUCCAUUGGCCAGUGGAUCCCUUCCCUUUCACUCCUUUUGCUCAAGAGUAGCUGUGAGGCACCUCUUCCCUUUCAUAACUCCCCUUAUUCACUACCCAUCCCAGACAUUCAGACUUGCUCUUUUCCCCUGGGUACCAGCAGAAAAAUAAACCAAUGUGAUUUUCUUGAA